GUUGUGGUAGCAGCAUACACGUUACCCAAAGUGUUUUUGGGGAGUGUUGCUGGAGAGACAGUCCUUGGCCAAAUAUAAAUCUGGGUCGUUCUGGUUACGUAGACCCGAUUGUUGUGUGAACGAUUUCGAUAAGUAAUAUGUAUUACGUGACGACACCAACACUAUUCAUAAUUAGCCCUGUUAAAAUGGAAUUUAUAAAAUGUAAUUUAUUUAAAUUAAAAUAUACUAAAGGUAAAAUGUUUUGGUUGCGUUUUUCUCCCGGUUGGCUAUCGACCAAAAUUAAUCAUUUUCAUAGAAAUAUCCGAAAUUCUGUUUUUGGAUCAUAUCAUGGUCACAAAAUAUCAUAAAGAAUAUUUUUACCGUAUUUUUUUACAUUUAACAUAAGGAAGAAAUCUUUAGUUGUCGAUUAUGGACAGCAUCACAACCUCAGUUGGGUAGCCAAUGGAUAAAGCCACUGAAAUGAGAAUAUGACAAAGCUGCUGGAUUUGAAUGAUGACUGUCUCUAUUGUAUCUGUUCGUACCUUAAUUUGGAUGACCAGCUAUCAAUGAAAAAUGUGUGCAGACAUCUGAAUAUGGUGAUAAAGUGGUUAUGGCGAUAUCGAUCGAAAGCCCUUACAAUAUCAUGUAAGCAAAUGAAGGAGUUUAAUGAAGAGGGCAGUCAAGACUUUCUCGAUGUAAUGACAAGCGUUUGUGAGACAUUGGAAGAGUUAACCAUUGACAGCAUUAAAAGCGCACAACUGAAACAGGUUGCCCACUUAAGAUUCCCUAAAUUAAAAUUCCUCGAAUGCACUAUUUCGCACGACCUAAAUGAGAGCAAUGAUGCCGACGUUCUUCGAUUAACUAAACUUUGCCCAUACAUUACCAGAUUAGUAUUAGGGGGCGGUAUAACGGGCAAAUAUAUAAGUAAUCUGUUCUUGCUUACCGAUUUGGAUUUGAGCUGUUGUGAAUAUCUGGAUACAGAAUAUUUAGCCGAAAUCUGCAACACAUUGAAAUUGAGAAAGCUUGCUUUACUUUAUUAUGGAUAUAACACAGUGUUAGAUGAUGGGCUGUCCGCGAUAACUGAUUGUCAUACAUUGGAAGAGCUGAAGAUAGAUGAUCAUCACCUAUUGCUCUUCAUCGAUGAACUAUUGCGAAUGCCAUCCAUGCGCAAAAUCGUUUGUUACACACGUGACUAUGAUGUGUUUUUAAUGGGGAAACUAGCUCAAGCGCUUGGCGUACGCAUCCAUACGCUAAUUUUUAAUUGUGUCCUUUGGUCAAACGAUCGCCACAUUGAAUACAUAGGGUUUAUGACACACUUGCAACGUCUUAUAUUACAAGAUGAUGACAUUGAAGACGAACAGCUCGAAGUUUUAGCCCAACGAUUGAAACAGCUACGCGAAUUUCAUUUCAGCAGCAGUCGCUUGGAGAGUGAUAAUGGAAUUUUGGAAAUUGCGAAACACUGCACAAAGUUGGAGGUACUAAAUCUGACAAAAUCAAAUAUUAGUAGCGAUUUUUUGAGAAAUAUAAUGAUUGUGCUCAGCGAGAUUAAACGAAGUGGUCCUUUGAAAUUAUAUUGUGGCAAGACGGCAGUCGAAAAUGAACCGAUAAUAGAAAAUGAACAGCUAAUUGUUUCAACAGAGGAUCUACUUUUCGAUCUACCUUAUGGACGCUGUUUACAAUGUGAAUGGUGAAAGCUAAAAAGAAUCUACGAAAAUGCUAUUACAAAUGCUUUUAUCUUUUUGCAUUUUAGUUUAAAAACUUAUCCUUACUUAUAUUAUAUUAUUUUUAAUAUUAUACAUCCGAAAGCGAAUAUGGUUGUUUGGUCAACCGAUCAUCAUGAAAUUUUGUAUACUGGUGUUGUUUA